AUGCUGGGAAGCCUCACUCUGCUAUGUGACCAAGAAGGGAGUCACAGCUGUCUGUCUGUCUGUCUGUCUGUCUGUGUCUCUCUCUCUCUCUCUCGCUCUCUUCCCUUGACCAUCUCCUUCUUUGUAUAUGUCUUUGUGUGUGUGUUUCUGCCUCCCCUCUCUCUCCCUGCAGGUUGGCUAUUCAUCCAGAGGCCUGUGUUGUUGGUGUGUUCUUCAGAGCAGUCAGCCCAUGUGUCUGCCGUGUGCACUUUGGCCUCCUUCCUACAGGGGGAGUUGUGUGCUGAAGUGCGCAUGGCUUUGUGGACCCAGAGCUCCAUUGGGGCUUGUCCUGGGGCUGUGGAGAGGUCUUUGGCUGGGGUGGCUGAGCUGGGCCCUGUGCCCUGGAUGUAUGGACAGUGGGAGGCAGUCAGAGAGGCAGGAGGCCAGGUGCUGAUCGUAUGGAGCGCAGUGGCUAAGGAAUCCUACAGGAGCUGGAGAGAAGAGAGGGAGGGAGGGGAUAGGAGGGAGGGGGGAAAGACAGGAGGGAGUAAACGAGAGGAGAUGCAACAAGGGGAAAYGGGUGGAGAAAAAAUMGAAGAACUUGAGAAAACAAGAGUGGAACAGGAGCAAGCAGGAAUGAAGAAAAGAGAGGAAUGGAAAGAGGAGAGUAGGAGCGGAGAGGAGAGAGAGCCCUCCUCAGUGACAGGGCCAGUGUUCAGGGCUGCCCUGUCCUGUCUUCAGGGGGCACGACAGGGGGCAAGCAGGGUCAACGGCUUCACCAUUGUCUACUUCCAGGGCCUCUGUCACAGUCAAGACAUCCCCAAGGACCUCCGAGGAGUCCCACGCUACUGCCUGCCUCGGGACUUCGGAGGCCUGAUACGUGAGCUGGAUGGGACCGCUAGAGGGAGGAACAGUGUGAUUGGCAGCUGGGAUUGUUGGCCCAGACUCCUUUCCAAAACACUGUCACUUUGUUUGGCACGACGACUAACUCACAGGCUCAGAGUGUGGUUGUCACAGGAAGAGGAGGGGCUAAAACCGAAAUUAUCACAGGAAGUGAUAUCAGAGAGGACACUGAACAGGCAUGUGUUGUCGCUGUCAACUAAUGAGGAGAGGACAGAGCCAAGCACUUUGCCGCAGAAGGAGUUGCUCAGCGGGUCACCAUGGCAAUGAAGCAGGGCAUCUCAGGUUUCACCAUUAUACAGGGGCCAGACUUUUGUCUUGACUGUAACAUGAGGCAGAGCACAUGGGUGGUGUAGUGACCCAAACAGUGGAGCAGAGACACUGAGCAUUUCAUAGGGCUUAUUACCAAAGUCAAAGGGGGUAUUGAUAAAACUAGUAAGAGAACUUACCACUUGAUUUGCCUAAUGGUGAAGAGUAGGUAAAUAUUCUCCUCUGGGCUACAUCCCCCAUAUGACCACAGUUUAUGCUUUUUAUGCUGAGUGUACAGUUUGAACGAGAACGUAAAGCCACACAUCAGCCUUAUCUAAGUGGGAAUGCCUGAAAGUCAGGUUGUAACUCCAACUUAGUGUAUAGAACUGGAUACCCUCACCACAGGUGCUCCAGUGAAGAGAAAGGAUAUACUUCAUCAUUCUCAAUGUCAACAGUAGAUGAUCAAAUAAUAGGAUAUAUUUGCUCUGAGGGCACAUACUGUAGAUCCAAGCUGUUGUUUUACCCAAGCCUCCACUUUCCACAUGACUGUCAGAUCCUUUCAAGAACAUUUCAAAAUGUAUUUGUACUGAAGUACACAGCAUCUGCCCCAUCUUGAACCAGCACCUGUCCAUCUCUCAAACUGGUUGGCUGUAGAACUGCUUGGUUAUGCACAGUGCCAUAGAGGAUUAUGGAUGCUAUAUUAUCUAUGUAUGGGUAUAGAGACCAUUCCUACACUGUGAUGACCUGAACUGGAGCGGGAUAGGCCAGCUCUAUAGCAACCGGUCUACUCCAAUGAGCUGCUAUGGACUGUGUACUGUAACCUACUGUAUAUAAGAAAUAGACACCUUAGUGACUCAUUCUUUAGUCCAAGGAUAUUAUGGUUUUAAUUUAACAUUUUAAUAAUUUAAGACUUUGUUCUCAGAAUAUUUCACUUCGCAGUAUAUAGUUAUUAUCAACAUAGCAUUCAACAAAGAUAAAAUGACUUCUGUAUUAAUAAUGUAUUUUCUCAUUGCACCUCUUAUUAAUUCAGAUAGCCUUUUGUUCAAUUAAAAUGAAUAUUUAAGCGUUGAUUUACUUAAUGGACACACAUAGUACAGACUUAGAGCCUGUUAUAGUAUCAAAGCCUGACAUUUAUCAUUUGAAUAUAAGAACUUAGCAGAUGCUUUUAUCCAAAGCAGCUUACAGUCAUGCGUGCAUACAUUUUAUGUACAGAUGGUCCCAGGAAUCGAACCCCCUAUCCUGGCAUUGCAAGCACCAUGCUUUACUAACUGAGCUACAGUUCUUUAAUACUAUACUACUGUUUGUAAGCCCCUUCAGAUUGGCAGUGAACCAAUAUUAUUCAAAUAUCACCAACGACUCACAUUCCAUUCUCCCACCAAGUCAGUGAAGCCACUGGCGUCAACGGUAGACUGUAUGCAAAGCAUCUGGAGCCUUAUACCAUAACACAGAUGUUUUCCAGCCAAGCUUUUGACUAGUAGGUUGUGUUUGUACAUAAGCAGUUAACAGAGGCAGAGCAGUUUUCAUUAAAGUUUAAAGGGGCAAUCUGUCAUUAGUACAUACAUUUUUGGACUUAUACAUUAAUUAUAUAUACCCAUUUAUUCUUGAAGAAUAUAACCUAAUAAGGCCUCAUGAGCUUAGUUCAACUGGCAUACCCCAUCAGAAACCCAAAUAAUAUUUUGCUUGUUUUACUCCACUUUUUAAACCUUUAAAAAAAAGGUUAUUGUAAACAUACACUGCAUAACCUAGCCUCAAAACAUGGUUAAAACGAUGGUCAGCUCCUGCAUCCAUAGCUCUGUCUAGGAAUUUAAGAGUGGUUAUGUUUCUUCAGCCCCAUCCCUCAGGUUGUUUACUGAGACAGUGGCGGGGAAACGCUUUGUUAUUGUUUGAACUGCAGAUUUCCCCCUUUAAAAUGAACUGUAUUCAGAACAAAUGUUUAUGCGUUUACCCUAUCUAUCAUUCUACCAUUGUGUGUGGGCUUAUAAGUGCCUGUUGCAUACAGUUUGAAAUGCUCUUUUGUAAAAUAAAAUAAAUGUGUAUUAUUUUGUAAAUAUCCUUCACUUUGGUAUUAGCUGUUGGCCUCAUAAAAAUAACGUCUGCAUUUAUGCCGUCUAUAGACAUUAUUGUUCUAUGUAUUAUCUAUGGUAAGUUUGUCUCAAAGUCCAUCAUGCUUAUCUUUCUGACAGCAGCUAAGCAAACAUACAUCAACAUUAUUCCCUCAGGCAUCUGUG